AUGUCAUCAGCUCUCGUUUUCUACACGAUCAGUCGUACUAGAGGAGUUGUCCCGAACUCUGCUAUUCCACAAGGAUCGAACUGCGGAGAUGUCGUCAAGUUCCGGUUGAAUGGACGACGAUAUAAAGCCAAAAUCCCUCUGUUAUUCGGUAUAAUGAGGAACAAGAGCGAGCAGGAUUACAUCGUGGUUUUCGAGAAACUAAAAGAGUUCUUGUGUGCUGCCAGCCUGGAGUCGUCAGGACCAGAACUCGGCAUUGUGGUGAACUUCGAGCUGGCAACAAUAAAUGCGGCGAGAACAACGUUCCUGAAUUGUACCGUUGAGGACUGUUUGUGGCACCUAAGCCAAGCUUGA